GAGAAUCUGACUCUCCGUGAUUCAUUUGAGCAGAGCGCGUUCGAAGGCGCUUUGUUCGAUCUUCCCUCCCGCAACGACCAUCCACGUACACGCACAGGUGCGAGCGAUGCAGGCUUGAGCUGCCGAGGUCCGCUGGGCCCUCCCCUCCUCAAGCACAAGGUCGACUGCUUGUUGGUCUUCACCAUGGAAUCUCAGGAAGAACGCCAACAAUUGGAGAUUACAGCGCUCAAGAGUAUUUACGAUGAUGAUUUUAUCGAGUGCCCCCCUCCAAAGGUUUGGAAGGGAGCACCACGUCUGCCCGAGUUUAUCAUCAAAGUAUCCCACCCCGACCCCGAACACGCUGACAAGAUCUAUUUCCAUCUACAUACUAAGUUUCCCAAGACAUACCCCACUAUUGCAUGCCCCACAUUCACGAUACAACAACCUAUCCACGGCCUCAAUGCCCAUGACAUAACGCAACUUUCGAACGCGAUUCAUGCGGAGGCGCUGAAGCAGAAGGGCGGAGAGAUGGUCUUCCAGAUCGUCACCUUCGCGCAGGACUGGAUCUCCAACAAAGUGAAGCCCCCGGUCGAGGUCGUCGGCUCGCUCGCGACGGAGAUGAACCGGCGCGCGUACGAGGAGGAGCUGGCGAAGCGCCAGAGGGAAGAAGAACAGGCUGAGCAGGAGGAGGAGCGGAUCAACCAGCUGGCUCUGGAGUUUGAGGAACAGAUCAAGGCGGACGCGUAUCGCCAGCAGCUUGAGCGAGAGAGAGUGCUGCAGCAGUCACGCAAGCGAGCGAUGUCGGACGCGACACAAGUCCCGUCUACGGAAGACCCUACUCCGACUGAGUCCUUUGCACAGGCGAUCGAGUGGCAGGGCGUACGUUUCAGCAAGGUCAAGCUCUUCCAUCCGAGGCAGGAAUGUUUGGGAACGAUGUACCAAGCGGAUCCUGUCUGCGAGGACGACAACGACAAGAAGACGCUCCCUCUCGAACUGCUCUCUAUCACUUUCCAUGCGCAGUACUACACGACCACGCAAGGCAGGAAGAAGCUCAAGCAGCUCGAGACUGAGAUUCAACGCCUCACGACUGUCCGCCAUGCGAAUGUACUGUCGACUCUCGCAGUCACGCUGAUUACUCCCACCUCGAGCGGGUCUCCUCGGCUGAUCAUCCUCACCGAGCAGCGGCCAGCCGUGACGCUCAAGGACGUCCUGGAGGACUGCGACUGGCUGCGCGAAGAGCGUGCGUCUGAGUACCUGCACCAGAUCCUCUCCGGUCUGCACGCGAUACAUACUCGGGAACUGGUUCAUCGCGGCCUGUGCAUCAACCACAUUGGGCUCGCGCCGCGCGAACAGGGUGGCCAGGCGAAGAUGGUCAAGAUCUUCAAGGUCGGGUACCACGUCCGUCUCCUUGACCUGCACCGGUCCGAUCCUUUUGGGUUCAACAUGGAUCCCAAGGUCGAUGAGACGCCGAUCCCGGAAGGAUGGCUGGCGCCGGAGGCGGUUGAGUCGCCAUUGGUGUACACGAAGACUCGAGACAUCCAUGCGGUCGGUAUCAUCUUGCUCCAGAUGCUGAUGGGUAGCGACGUCAUGGAACGCUUCCCCGACGUGCACACGGCGCUACGCAACUCUUCGAUCUCUCCUCACCUGCAGCAGCAAGCAGUCGACAUGCUGACACAGAGCAAAAGGCACCCAGUCUCCUCUGGCACACUCCUCGCGAACAUGCAAGACCGGCCUGUCUCCCCUGUCACAGUUCGAAGCGCCGCGAUACCGAUUCCAGCGCGGACACCGGGUCCGAAGACGCCUAUGUGGUUUCAGCUCGCCAACGGAUCUCCUGAGACUGACUACUUCAGGAUGCCGCCUCCGAGGGCGAAGCAUACCAGCAGGUGGAAGGAAGACUGGGAAGAACUUGAGCUACUGGGUCGUGGCGCGUUUGGCUCCGUCGUUAAAGCCCGCAACAAGAUUGACUCUCGUAUCUACGCAGUGAAGAAGAUCAGGCUGCGAGCAUCCCAGAGCGACAGCAAGAUCUUCCGCGAGGUCAAUGCCUUAAGCCGCUUAAACCACCGCUUUAUUGUCCGUUACUACACAACCUGGGUGGAGACAUCGGAACCAGCCUCCACCGCAAUGUCGUCGGAGUCUGACCGAGAGACAGCAACAGAUGGCGACACCUCCGUGCCCGACUCGCGCUCCCGCGGGUCCGAUGGUGAUCCCUUCACCGUCGAUCUUGAUGACAUCGGGUCAGGUAGCAGGCAUUCCUUUCCUAGCAUACAUUUCACGCGCUCGGGGUCGGCCGACCCUGAAAAAGGAAGCGAAUCCAGCGGGGAGAGUGAAGGGGAAGAGGCAUUCAGAAGCCUGUUCUUGGCUGAGAGCAAUGGAUUCGUACCUGAGAGUCCUGCGCCGGCUGUCUCCAGGACGUUAUACAUCCAGAUGGAGUAUGUAGAACGCCAGACUCUGAAAGAGCGGAUUGCUGAAGGGCUCACUGAGCAAGACGCCUGGCGGCUAUUACAACAAAUCGUUGAUGCGCUUGUGCACAUGUCUAGCCUCGGCAUCCUACAUCGGGACAUCAAAUUGACGAACAUAUUCAUCGAUGGCAAAGGUGACUGCAAAGUUGGUGACUUCGGUCUUGCGACAUCCAGUCUGGCUGCUGUUGAUCCUUCCGACGUCACGGCGCCCAUUGUUCAGGAUGCAGACAUGACCUUAGACGUAGGGACGAGGCUGUACAUCGCCCCAGAGGUUCAGUCUUCCAAGGGAGGUCCGCGCGAUCACACUAAAGCCGACAUUUAUAGCCUCGGAAUUGUCUUCUUCGAGAUGAACUACAUGUUCUCAACCGGUGCGGAGCGCAUUGUUGUGCUGGAGGACCUGCGGAAACCAGGCAUUUAUUUUCCUGCAAGUUGGCAACCCCAUCGUGCGAGACAACGACAGAUCAUUACCUGGCUAUUGCAGCAUAAACCUAAUGACCGACCCACGGCGCUUGAACUGUCGCAGAGUUCGCUCCUUCCUCCGCGGUGGGAAGACGAAUACUUCAAGGGCGCCUUGAAGCUGAUGACCAAACCGGAUUCGCCUCACUUGCAAGCUGUCCUUUCCUCGUUGUUUAACCAGCCCGCCAAGCCCGUGCGGGGCUUCCUCUAUGAUCUGCAAGCGGAACUCCCAGAACAUGUAACGCUCAAUGGCAAGGUCAUCGAUUGCCUUGUGGAGAUAUUCCGCCUUCAUGGUGCUGUGAAUAUGGAGCCUCCCUUACUGAUGCCCAUCACGAGCACGGAGGAAGAGCGUAAUCGUGCAGUCUUUUUGGAUCGACAUGGCGAAGUCGUCGCAUUGCCGAACAACGCUCUUCUACCUUUUGCUAGGUUGGCAGCUCGAGAAGGCACCAAGCGGAUUAAGCGGUUCUACAUUGGCGAUACAUAUAGACCGAAUGUCAUUUCCGGCCAUCCCAGAGUAUCAAAGGCUGCAGUAUUUGAUAUCAUCACCCCGGAUUUGGUAGUUGGACCCACUGCUGCCGCUGCCGAGGCGCUGUCCAUCGCUCACGACUGCCUGAACAAUUUCGCAAAUCUGGGCCAGUUGUACGAGAUCCAUAUAUCGCAUUCUAAGAUCCUAGAUGUUGCCUUGGAUCGUGUGCCCAGUGACGUGCGCGACGCCGUCCUAGACGUACUCAACCAGACGAAGUCCUCUCAGUCUCAGAAGCGUUCCAUGCUACUACGCAAGGGCAUCUCGAGGAACAUCGUGGACGAACUCGAAUUAUUGUCUGAAGUUGACGAGGAUAUCGAUGGCGUCAUAGCGCGCUUGGAGAAGACGGCACCCGCCCUGCUACCUGUGCUCACUCCCUAUAUCCAGGAUGUCAAGAGCACGAUCACCUUUGCAGCCGCUUCGGGUGUCACACGCCCGAUCCUGUUCAAUCCCUUGAUGUCGAUCAAUCGCAACUCCUACUUCAGGGACGGUGUCUGCUUUGAAGUAGUGAGAAGUAACAAGAGGUCGGACAUCCUAGCAGCAGGCGGGCGGUAUGACAACCUCAUCGCUCGGCUUUCUCCACCGAAGCCCAAGGUGGAGAUGACUUGCGCUGUUGCUGUCCAGAUAUCUCUCGAUAAGAUCACCGCUGUCCUGGCGGCCUUCCAGAGUGCCUCAGUGAAGACCCUCCUGAAGGAACAUCGCUCGUUCGGCUACUGGAGUCCACGACGUUGCGAUGUCUACAUUGUAUCUUAUCAACCUGGAUAUCUCGCUGAUCGCUUGGAAGUGGCAUCCAUGCUCUGGAAACACAAUAUCAGCACCGAUGUCAUCUACGACUCAAGCCUUGCGGACGGCGACAGCGAGAAUAAUAUGGAUGUUUGCUACCGUGAAGGCAUUCUUUUUGUGGUCUACCCGCGCCCCAGAUCCGUCCGACGGGUUGAUCAGCCUGCUUUCAAAGUCAAGAGCGUCUUGCGUGGCACCGAGUAUGAAGUAUCACGGCAUGAGCUUGUGCCGUUCUUACAGCAGCAGCUCCUGGAGCAGAAUAAGAUCGACGCCUCCAUCUCGGGUGUUUCAGCUGUCGCUGAGAGUACUCCUGUGAGCAAUGGAACGAAGGAGCCCGUUGGCCGGGCCGACGUGCAGCUCAUACUACCCAGCGACACCAAGAAACGAGCCAAGUACACCAAGCAGAUGUUUAUGGAUAGAGCGUUUGAGGCGGCCCUCGAAGUAAAGCAGGCAGCCACUGCGGGUAUGCCCACCCUUGCUGUCGACGUGCCGACAUCGGUGUUCGACGAGCUGUCGAAGAACGCAAGUUGGGUGACGGACGACGAAGCUUGGAAGGCGAUAUCAGCGAUGCUCCCCGCUCAGUACGGAGCUUACACCAAUCAACUACGAGAAGCUGUAAUUAAGAAGAAGGCAGACGGUCAGAAGUAUAUUCUGUUGUUCGCGGUCAAGGACGAGCGCAUCUCUUUGCUCACUCUCUCCUAGGGUCGUCAUGUAUGUAUGCUAAUCUUAAUGUGCUAUGUAAUACAUCACGAGCUACAGUACGAUGGUACAC